AUGGCAUACCUUCGAGAUGCCAGCUGCAUCUUGGCGCUAACUAGUGGGGUAUCCUUGCACAUCUUCAUAUAUCGGCAUGGCGAUUGGGAUACGAAGUCGCCAGCUAUUGCCUUGGCUUACCUUCUGCUUCUGCUGUCUGGAACAGUUGUAACGCAUUCUUUCCCAUCUUGGGACAACUCACGCAGAGGUUCAUCCUCGGAUCUAUUGAGCUUGUUUGCAUGUCAUCUGACUGGGGUUUACGGCAGCAUGCUCAUUUACCGAGCGUUCUUCCAUAGACUAUUCCAGUUUCCAGGUCCAUUUCUUGCUCGUUUGUCCAACUUUUAUGUGACAGCAUUGGCAGCAAAGAACCUCCAGCUCCAUGAAGAGUUACAAGGUUUGCAUGCUAAAUAUGGGGAUUAUGUUCGAUUAGGUCCCAGGGAGCUAUCUAUUACAGAUCCGGCAGCUGUUGCCGCAAUAUAUGGGAGCCAGUCCGAGGCGACAAAGGGUCCUUGGUAUACGCUGUUGGACCCACGAACACCCAUGUCUUUCACAAGAGACAAGAGUGAGCACGCACGACGCCGGAAGGUCUGGGAUCAAUCUUUCAAUACCAAAGCUUUGAAUGCAUAUGAGCCCUUAGUCACCAAAUGCACACAGCAGCUAAUCGAAAUAAUCGAUCAAAAGCUUGACACGCCUAUUGACAUGUCCAUCUGGGCCACGUACUAUGCUUUCGAGGUUAUGGCCAAUCUCGCUUUCGGAAAGCCAUUCAACAUGCUCACUGAACAGACCGAGUCCUACUUUCUGAAAGUCAUGCGUCAGGAUAUGAAGCUAGUCGGUUACUUACGACAUCUACCUUGGCUUACGGCCCUUUUGAUGAGAACACCAGGUAUCAAUUGGAACAAUCAGCAAUUUUGGAGGUGGCUUGAAGGCCAAAUUUCAGAGAGAAUCGAAGUAAGUGUUCCUCGCCCAGCCAUACCCUGGGUAUUGCUAAUGGUCCUUCUUUGCUGCUUCAUCCAGAAAGGACCUCAGCAUCCGGACAUCUUUUCGUCUGUGCUCAAAGCAUAUAUGCAAGGCCCAAGAUCAAAGUCUGAUACACUGAGGUUGCAUGGGGACGGUUAUCUCAUUGUAAUUGCUGGCAGUGACACUACAUCUUCAACUAUCACUCAUCUACUAUUUCACCUCGCGCGUGACCGGGCACUUUCUACCAAACUCCGAAGCGAGUUGGAGAAGCUUCCCGAGUUUAACGACAAAAGCUUGAUGAGCGUUGAACUUCUCGACGCUGUUAUCAAUGAGACCCUUCGAUUGCACCCCGCUACGCCAGCUGGCCUCCAGCGCACAACUUCGGACAAUGGGUUAACGAUAAACGAAACUUACAUUCCUCAAAAUGUCGUCGUUACAGGGUUUGUUGACACCUUUCCCACUUAA